AUGACACCUGAAGCCAAGAAAAGAAAGAAUCAAAAGAAGAAACUAAAGCAAAGACAAAAAAAGGCUGCCGAAAAAGCUGUCCACAAUAAAGAAUUACACGAAACGCCAGAAAGUACCGUUAGCAUUGACUUUGACAAUGAUUCGGUGAAUCCAACAGGAUCUGACAUGACUCCGGAAUCCGAUGUUCUUCCAGUCUCAUCGUCUACCAAUAUUUCUAACGAUAACGAUACGCAGCCAGAAGUACUUGAAGUUAAAGAGUUGCAUGAUGAACUGCACGACGAAUCUUGUCAACAUGAUAUAACUGCGGACACAAGCGACUUAGCCAACAGUUCAAUGAUUGAAAGUAACUCCUCUAUUAUCCAAACAGAACCAAAUGUGUCUCAAGAGGACACAAAGGACUCGUACGGUUUUCCUUUGAGUGAAAUGUCAUUUGAUGAAGUUGCUGUUGAGUCUAACGACACUAACGAGCAUGCCCAGAAGACAGGUAUAUCAGACAUGAGAGAGGAGCCUUCUUCCGAAAAUAACUACCAACAUUAUGACAGUGUAAUUAUUACAUCGAAUGAUAGUACUUCUUCACAUCCUAAUCAUUUUCUCUCUUCCAAUGGCAAUCUCCUUUCUCCAGAAGUUCCAUCUGGCAAUACGCCAGCACAAGAUAUCUCUCUUGACACAACAGAUAGUAGAAAACUUGAAUGCCAUUACGGUGAUAAAGAUACAAGCUUGCAAUCAAGUCAUGAACUUUCUGAAGACCUUUUCGAAGAAGAAGACGACUCAUUAAAACAACAGGCGCAUGUGCCGCCUGAAGAGGAAAAGGACGAUACAACAGACGAAAAAGAUACAGGCCAUUUGUUCGGGUCUGAUACAGUAUCAUUUGAAAAUGUAAUUAAGAGUUCUGGGGAUGAUGCUUCCGAACUUUUUCAAGAUAACGAAAAUAAUGAAAAACUUCCUUGGGAGGAAGAGCUUUCCCAAUCAAAUGGUGUUGAAAAACAACCCUUUGGUCAGACCAUGAGUGGAUCUCAAGACGUGGCGGAAAUUUCAGAAAGACACAAUGAAGUGUUGUCAUGGGAUGAAGAGUCGAAAGAGUCUAAUGGUUAUAUGGACAACAUCCAAAGAGAUCAACAAUUUGAAGAAGGUUCUGAAAAAAGCUCUGAAAAAAUCAGUACACAAGGCUCCAACAUUCAAAACAGUUACUACGCGGAUAAACUUGAGAUUGAAGAUGACAAGUCAGCAGAUAAAGGAAACUCCGAGCUUCCAUCUGCCAGUGAAGGUAAUAUUGAAUCGGACAAUGACAAUCGGGAUGGAACUGGAAGCUUGUUUGCACAGAGUACCGAAGGGCCAGAAGAAGCAUUGCCGUGGGAAGCAGAUGAUAAAAACACCGAAGUGACAAGUGAAUCUCAUGAAAAUCACGAAGGCCUAUUCGCCUCUACCGAGCAUUACGAUAAACUUCCUUGGGAAGUUUCAGAGAACCAAAUAUCAUCAGGAAAUACAGAAAAUAGCAUGCAAGCUAGUACUGAGGGAAUUCCUGAGAAAAAGUUUUCAUUUUUAGAAGAAGACGAUGAUCUCUUGGACGAUGACGAUAGUUUUCUGGCCUCUUCUGAAGAGGAUAAUUCCGUUAUUGAUAGCAGCAAUAUAGCAGACUUAGAAGUAGAACCGGUCGAAGAAAGAAGAGCCUCAAAGUAUGAACCCUCUAACGAACAACAUACUAAGAUACUCCAAAAACAAGCCCUGUUGACCAAUACUGCUGGCAUUGUCACGCCUCAACAAUUUCAUGGUUUAGCGAAGAGUGCUUCAAAUGGUCCUGGUCGACAAACCAGUAUACCAUCUGUAGUUACGCCUAGUCCUCCAGUUGUGAAAGUCAACCAUUCCAUUAACAAAAUCAAUGAAGAGAAAAAGAAAUCCGAUGCUUAUGAUUUUCCAUUAGAAAUUAUUCCUGAAAGUUCUAAAAAAGGUCAUGCAAAACCAGUUGGUGUACCAACUCAAAGGUUUGGUUCAGCGCAAUCUUUUAGCUCCUUGGAAAAGCCAAUUCCACAGAGUAGAAAAAGCUCUCCAACAAUUAAUUUUGGCGAUCCAAAGAGGCCACCCGUUAUCCCAUUAGGAACCCAGGUGCCUCGCUCUUCCAGAACUAACUCUGGCGCCUCACAGUCACCUCUCAAUUAUGCUUUUCCAAAUCCUUACAAUCUUCAGCAGCAACAACAGCCCUCUAGCCAACCAAGGGUUCCUUUACCAAAUGUGAACCUACCGCUUCCAAUCUUACAGGUAGAAACUACUGCUUCUGUUCCACCGAUUCGAGCAAGAGGAAUUAGUAACGCCUCUAUAGGGAGCACAACAUCUUUUGGUGCGAGACGUUCAACUCAGUAUGGAGUCAAUACCGCGUUAUCUCCAGUUUCACCAUAUGGCCAAGCUGCAAUAAACUUACCGACAGCGAACAAGUAUGCACCUACUUCACCCGCGACGCAACAAGGUCAAUAUCCAUCCAUUGCACAGAGCCUUGGCGGUCCAGUUGUAAAUAACCCUAAUUUUGUGAAAACUCAUAGAGGUCAUACAAGUUCUAUUAGUUAUACUCCAAACCAGAAUGAACAUGCCUCUAGGUACGCACCUAAUAACCAGCAAUCUUAUCAAACACCCCACGCUCCACAGCCUGUUGCUCCUGGUGCCACAAAUCUAAAUUAUCAAAAUCAACCUAGAAAUUCCUAUGUUGCCCCAGUGAUUCCUAACGUUCAACCUGUUGCCUCAAUGAUUCCUAACGUUCAACCUGUUGCUCCAAUGAUUUCUAACGUUCAACCUGUUGCCAACAUGAACGCUCCUAUGAACACUCAGCCACCUAUGGGACCAUCCGCCACCAUUCAAGCUCCUAUGAACAUGCAACUCCACCAGAUCGUUGAGAACCCUGCGAACUUGCCACCUCCUACAAACAUACCGCCAAUAGGAAUUACACGUCAAGCUAUGAACAAUGCUCAAUUGGUUCAAAAAGCAAAAGAUGUUAUGGUGAUUGACAACGAGGCUAUACUACAUCGUCAAUUUCCCGUUUUUCACUGGAGUCCUGCAAAUAAGGUUGUGUAUKCGGUUCCAUCUGCUCCAGAUCAAUCUCAAUAUAUGAUUUCGUCAAGUUCUGUACAGGAGAUCAAAGUGAUACCGAUUGAUCAAAUAGUUAAACCGAAUGACAUGCUCAAGAGUUUCCCAGGUCCUUUGAACACUGCCAAGUUGAAAAAGAAGGAUUUGACAAAAUGGAUAGAAAUUACAGCGAAGGCCAUCUCUGAGAAAAAUCAAUUAGCCGAUAUGACUAUAUGGCUGUUAUUGGAAAUGAAGCUUUCUGAUACGAUAAGCUGGAAAAAUAUUUCAAACCUAUUAUACAAUUCUGACGAGCUUUCGGUUUAUUUAUCACAACCCUUUCCAGACUCUGAGCUGGUUCCGAACUCUUACAGGCUAGAUGUAAGCUGCCAAAUGAGAGUCCUGGCGUUCUUACAAACAGGAAAUCACGACGAGGCUCUUCGUUUAGCCUUGAGCAAGAGAGACUAUUCUAUUGCGCUAUUGAUCGGAAGUUUGAUGGGUAAGGAUAAAUGGUCCGAAGUUAUUCAAAAGUAUUUAUAUGAGGAGUAUACUACAGGGCCAAAUCAUCAAAAGGUAAUGGCAAAUUUUCUGUUCCUUAUUUUUCAAGUAUUUGUUGGUAAUUCUAAAAUGGCCGUGGAAAAUUUUUAUGCUAACAAAGAAGCUGGCCAAUGGGCAUUAGGAAACUGGAAGAGCAUCGUUGCUGCUGUGCUGAUCAAUAUCCCAGCGAAUGUUGAAGAAGCGACAUCUAUACCACCUGUCGUUCUUGAAUUUUUGAUAGAAUUUGGUAUCUUUCUUACCAAAAAAGGAAUGACUCUGGCAGCCCACACAUUGUUUAUUAUCGGUAAUGUACCACUUUCAGAGCAACCAGUAAUGGCAGAUUCAGACGUAGUAUUCCAUAGUAUUGGAAACCCAAGUACUGUUGAAAGUGUUCUAUGGUGUGAAAUUUAUGAGUAUAUAUUCUCAUGCGACUCUAAACUCAAAGGGUUCCCAUCGAUUUUGCCACAGAAAGUAUACCAUGCAUCUAUUUUACAGGAACAAGGCUUGACGAAUCUGAGUACUAAGUAUACCGAUUACUUGGGCUCUUUGAUGAGAAAGUUACCCAAAAAAGAUGUUUUGACAAUAAACUUGGCUCGUGAUUUAAAUGAGAUAGUCACCAGACUCUCCGAGUCGAAUACAGGGUGGCUGGCAAAACCAAAAUUAAGCAGCGUCUGGGGACAGCUAGACAAGUCUUUUAAUAAAUAUAUCGGAGGGGACGACAUUGAUGCACUGAGUAAAAAAAACGAUAAGAAGAAGGUAUUUGACGGAUUCACUCCUGGAUCCUCGGCUAAUUCAUCAACGGUUGACCUUACUCAAACAUUUACCCCUUUCCAAACUCAAGGUAAUUCUCAGAGCUAUGUGGAUACGACGGCUCUCUUGCAUAGUGCUUAUAACGGACCAAAUCACAGUCUUCUGCAUUCAAAGCCUCCUCAUGGGUCAAAGGGCUUGGCUGAGCCAAACCUACCUUAUGUACACAGGAUUGGCGACAGUUUACAGGGAUCUCCUCAACGUGUUCAAAGUACACAAUAUGCUUCUAUAGACCCUCAAAUGACUUCUUUAAGGAGAGUAAGAACUGAUCAACACGCAAGCGAGAAGGCUUUUGAAGGUCUGCCAAUUUCGGGCCAAAAGUUAUCAUCUUACGCUCCUCAACAUGGGCAUAAUCAUAGCAUUCCGAUGGAAAAAUCCAACUCAAAUGCUACUUCUAUGUUUACAGACUUUGCGCCUCCGCCAAAAUUCGGAAGAGUUUCUUCUAAUUACAUGUCUAGUCCAGAUUUAAUAAGAAGGGAGUCAAUUAUAUCUACAGGCUCUGAUUUUCUUCCACCUCCUAAAGUUGGAGCACCUGUUAGAAAUAAUUCUUCACAAGGGUCACUUAUGUAUUCACCGAGUGUAGAGGCUUUACCUAUGGAACCCCUCAUUCCUUCUGAUCAUGAAAUACCAUACAACAAUUCUAGUAGCAAACGCCCCGAUGAAACCACACUUGAACGAGAAUAUCAGACAUCAGAGAAUAAUAGCAACACAGAUCAAAAUACACUAAAAGAUUUCACGGGGGCAGCAGGUGAAACCAGGGGUACCGAAGUACCAGAUUUAGAGGAUGAAAAGGUUCCUUCCACCAUGGAGACUGUCAGUCAGCAUACUUCUCGAACUAAUCCCGUUCAACUUGCAGGCGAAGAAGCAAUUAGCAAGUCCCUUUCACAUACUCAACCGAUAACUGAAGGUUCCAAUGAGGGCACAAAUGUCGACAAUGCUAUACCUUCAAAUGACAAUGGGGAAAGUGGCGCAGGACUACCAGAACAUGUAACAGGACCGGUGUCAUCUACAUAUCUACCCUCUGUGAAAACCGUAUCAGAACAAAAUAACCUUGAUAGCGACCCGUCUAUUCAGGAACAAAUCGUUGCUGAGAGUGUUAUUAUUACGACACCCAAACCUAUGGAACAACAUGUAUCGCCUCCAAAGCUAAUAAGCACUAAAGCUACUAAAAUGCAUUCGUCCCCAUAUAUGCCCCAAGAUCUUGGCACUGACGUAGACACUGAAGUACCAACUAUUCCUGAAGCGUCACCAGCAAUUUCCGUAAGAGCUCCUCUAGUAAGAACUUCAGCAGCAUCGCCGUAUUAUCCUUUAGCCAACAGAGCAAAUGAAAAUGCAUUGUAUGGGAUAUCUGAAACGGUGUCUCAAUCACAAGUUAGCAACGAUGUUCCUACAGAGAAUAGAUUCAGUCCAAUCAAAAAAGCUGAAGUUGUUGAGAGAGAGGAUUUUGAACCUACUAUUAGGAAGGCUUCAGCCAAUCAGUAUAAGGCUUUCAAACCGCUAGAGUCGGAGGUAAAGAAAUAUAAUGAUGUUAUUGAGGAAGAAUCCGAUGAUGAGAAUACCUCUGCUGACGAUGGAAAGAACACAAAGGAUAAAAAGAAGAACAACGACAACGCAAAAAAGGAAUCAAACUCUAGAAACGAUAAUAUUGAUGACAAGUCCAAUAGUUGGUUUGGUUGGUUGAAGAAAGACACUGGUGACAAGAAAGUUUAUAAGGCCAAGUUAGGCCAUAAGAACACGCUAUACUACGACGAGAAAUUGAAACGGUGGGUAAAUAAGGAUGCAACAGAGGAAGACAGACAAAAAAUUGUCGAAACUUCAGCACCGCCUCCUCCCCCAAUCGUUAAACGCAAAGACGCUGGACCAAAAACAAAGCCACGUUCGGGCCCCAUCAAUAAUACUGUACCUCCAAUAAAUGCUACUUCGGUAAUCCCAAACAAUCCAAUUACUGGAGAACCCUUGUCAAUUAAAUCACCUCCUCCUCUUUCUUCUGGAGGAGUCAAUACCGAAAAUUCUCCACCACCAUCCUCUCCUAUAUCUAAUACUUCUGGCGUAAACCUGACUGGUAGAAAGGCCAACGGUCUAGAUGAUUUGUUAAGUUUGACAGGAGGGCCUAAACCAGCAAGUACAAGAAGAAAGAAGAAAUCAACAAGAGGUUAUGUUAAUGUGAUGAACAACAUAUAA